AUUGUCAGCACUGAAAUUUGACAGCUGUCAAAAAAAAUUCGGCAGCUGGACUGCGGCUAACUUCAGUUUUCUUUCUUUUUGACGUGCUCUUUUAGAAAAAGUGCUCAAACAUGACCAUUCGUCCAGCAUACAGGCCCAAGAUUGUUAAGAAGCGCACCAAGCACUUCAUCCGCCAUCAAUCGGAUCGUUAUGCCAAAUUGUCGCACAAAUGGCGCAAACCAAAAGGUAUUGACAACAGAGUACGUCGUCGCUUCAAGGGUCAAUACUUGAUGCCCAACAUUGGUUACGGUUCCAACAAACGUACCCGCCAUAUGCUCCCAACCGGUUUCAAGAAGUUCCUCGUCCACAACGUUAAGGAACUCGAAGUUUUGAUGAUGCAAAACCGUGUAUACUGCGGCGAAAUCGCUCACGGUGUCUCCUCCAAGAAGCGCAAGGAAAUUGUUGAACGUGCCAAGCAAUUGUCCAUCCGUUUGACAAAUCCCAACGGUCGUGUUCGCUCUCAAGAAAACGAAUAAACGUUUCAGUUUAUUGCAAAUAAUUUUUCUAAUUUUAAAUUUGGAUCUGAAUAUAGACAUUUAGAUAUGAAAAAAUAA